GCGGACGGGACAGAAGCAACUAGAAUCAUAGCAGCCUAGUGUGGCCGAAGCCGAACUAAGCCGGGCCAAGCGACACAACAGCCUGAAUGACCACAGAGCAAGGGUCCUGAGUCACCUCGCGUCGUCCAUCAACGUACUAGUAAACACUUGCAAUCCCAGCAAAGCAAAAGUGGCUACCAAGAAGAAAUGUGGUCACCGAGGCCCCUCCUGCUGGCUGUGGUACUGUGCUCAGUGCUGUCUGUGGUACGCGUGAAGACCGCUCCCUGCCAGGCAUGCCGCAAACUCACAGAGAACUUCAUCAAGGGCUUGGAAAGAACAGCCAAUAAGAACUUUGGGGGUGGGAACACAGCAUGGGAGGAGGAGAAACUUGCCAAAUAUGCACGCAGUGAGACUCGGCUGCUGGAGAUCGUGGAGUCUGCGUGUGACAGCUCGGACUUCGAGUGCAACAGACUGCUGGAGCAGAUUGAGGACCAAGUGGAGACAUGGUGGUUCCAUAGACAGCAGGAAGCACCAGACCUGUUUGAGUGGCUUUGUAUUGAUGAACUGAGGCUGUGUUGCCCGCCAGGGAAGUUUGGACCUGAUUGUGCAGAGUGUCCUGUGGGCCCCGGCGGGGUGUGUGGGGGUCUGGGGCGCUGUGAAGGGGAAGGGACACGCCUGGGGGGUGGAGAGUGUGUCUGUGACCCAGGCUACGCUGGGCAGCUGUGCCAGGACUGUGCAGAUGGCUACUAUAGAGAGAAGACCUCCAAUCACACACAGGCUUCCUGUUCAGCGUGCUACCACGCCUGUAAGAAGUGCACUGGACCAGAGGACUACAGAUGCCUGGACUGCAAGGCAGGCUGGAUUCUCCAUGACAACAAGUGUGUGGAUAUGGACGAGUGUGGCACGGAGCUGGCGCGAUGUCCCUCCAACACUUACUGCUUCAACACGGAUGGCUCAUACGAGUGCAGAGGCUGUGACCAGGCAUGUGUGGGCUGCAUGGGCAGUGGACCGGCUCGCUGUAAGAAGUGUGCCCGCGGGUACAGACUGGUGGGAGCCAAGUGCCUGGAUAUCGAUGAGUGCAGCGAGAGAGCGAUCGCGUGUCCCGGUCUCAACGAGGCCUGCAUCAACGAGGAGGGCUCCUUCCGCUGUGAGUGUGCAGACGGGUACCUGCGCAGGGACAGCAUCUGUGUGGAGAACCUGCCACCCUCGGGCCCGGAGAAGGGGCUUUUCGAGGACAUGACGGACGACGAGGUGCUGGUGCUGCAGCAGAUGUUCUUUGGGGUGGUGAUCUGCGCCCUGGCUACACUGGCUGCCAAGGGAGACAUGGUCUUCACCGCCAUCUUCAUUGGGGGCGUGGCCGCCAUGGCCGGAUACUGGCUGUCAGAGAAAGGGGACCGCAUGCUGGACGGAUUCCUUCGGGGACGUUAGAUACU